AUGUCACGCACUUCCAACAACUCAUCCUGGAAUGAUUCGCCCUCAACUGGCCAUUGCUCAACGAAAGGCAAACGACCUGGAGGUCACUAUAAUGAUCCACUACCACACUUCACACUCUGGGAUGCUUCCAAAGUAUUCAAGUUUGCAACAUCUAGAUUCAUGGCCAUCCGCCAUGCCGUUGGCAAGAGCUAUGUACAGCGCACACCCAAUGUAUAUCAAUUGCUGGGAAAGCACAUUAUGUGGGAAGCACAAACUGCAGAAGUGCAGUUAAACUUUACAGAAGUGAUGGACAUCGUGAGCAAACAUUUUCAGCAAUGGGUGAGAUUUCAGUUAUUUUGCAAUGUGUCGGCUAACAUAGGACAGCCGGAGGGUGCAUUACUGGCUGCUUUACCCACCACCAUGAAUCCUCAGGGAGGUCCAUUGAGUAAGCAACUUCUCGCAGUCAGGGCAGCAGCAGCACGUGCUACUGAUGAAGUUCGCCGAAUGAUUGAAGAUAAACAGAUUGAGGCUGUCAUUGGUGCUGAGUCUCUCGGCCACCUGGAGGAGAUUAAUAUCGGCCAUGCUAUGGAAGCUUCUCGCCGUGUGGUACAUUGUGUGAGACAGAUGGUGACGACUCCAUAG